AUGAUAGAGGUGUUAUUAACUGUGAUACCUUCUAUUUGUUGGCUAUUAUACAGGUUCUACCUGAUUUUGAAAACUCCCGUGGAGAAAUUAAUAGAAGAUUUAAACAUUGAGAUUCCUCAUACUCCAAUCUUGUGCAUAGAUUCCAUUUCAGAGACAUCUAUUAUUAUACAUUGGGAUAUUGAAGUUAAAUAUGAUGAAAAUUUGUAUUAUGUCAUUGUCAUAAAUGAACAAGAAGCAGCAACUUUGACUUCUACUUCAUGUAAAUUAAACAACUUGUCUCCUCAUCAACUUUAUCGACUUGAGAUUAUAGCCAUUAAUUCAAUUACUAAUUUCAAAUCACAAUCCAAACCAGUGUAUGUUCAAACAUGUGAUCCUAACAACCUUGAUGAAAAAGUCAAUAUUGAUACUUUAGAAUCUAGUGUCAAAGAAUCUAUUGAUACUACCCAGAUUUCCGAUGACUAUACAUUGGAAUCAAUCACUAUAGAUCAAAUCAAAACCAUUAAAGAUGCAUCAUUAUUGAAUGCAUAUGUGAUGAAAUUUCAAAAUGAAUUAACUAAAAUUAAUUUGGAAUACAAACAAUACCAAUCAAGUGUUACUCCAGAACUUGAAAACUUACAAAGAGAAUUGUGUCUGUAUAAGCAUGAAUUGGAUGAAGAAACCGAUAAUAAACUGAAAAAGGAUAAUGACGUAAGGACAUUGGAAAAAUGUAAAGAUAAAUUAACAUUUAAAAAAUCAAAAUUAAUUACUCAAUUAAAUACAUUAAAAAACUCAUUAGCAUUAUUCAAUACAAAAGCCCAGGAACGGGAAACUCAAAUCAAGAAAUUACGUGAUAGAAAUGCCCAAGCAUUGGCCAGUGAAGAACAAGACAAAUCUAAAUUUAAAAAAGAAAUUGUUACAAUUAGACAACAAAUUGAUCAGUAUAAAGCAGACAUGGAAAAAAUUGAAGAAAACUUGAAGAAUUUAGUAAUUGAAAGAAAAGAAUUGAUUUCCAUUUUGAAUCAAUUGAAACCAUUAGUUGAAAUUUUCAAUCAAUCCGGAAACUCCAACACCCCACCGGAUUCUAUUGCCCAACAACAGACAUUACAGCAACAAAAUAGCGGAGGUAACAAUAACAGUGCAAACAAUGCAUCCAUUUUUAACAAGGAUGGUUCCUUGACCAAACAAGCCUUUGAUGCAAUUGUAAAAAUAUUGCAACUCAUUCCAGCAUGGCAAGACGAAAUCAUGCAUGAAAUUAAUCAAUACCAAGAAUUUGAACAGCAAUGGAAAGAGGCAUUUAGGUCAGAAAUCAAGAAAUUUGUAUCCAUCCAUCAAGCUUUGGAACUUGCCAGAAUGAAUUUGGAUAAGAAUUAUCAACCAGUUAAAAUGACUGAAUAUCAAGCUUCUAUUGAAUUUGGUGGAUUUAGUAACGCAUUACCAAAACCUAAAUUCAACGGUAAGAGAAAUUUAUCCCCAGUCGAAGAUCAUAAUAGACAAACAAGUAGUUUCUACAAUCAUUACAGCAAUGUUUAUUCCAAAGAAGAAUCAGAUAGUGAUGGAUUAGGUUCACCUCUUGGACAACAACAGGUCAUUACACAACAUUUACAGCAACAACUGCCAGAGAAUAUUCCACCUCAAUUGUUGGGCAAUGAUUAUUUAGUAGGCAAUAGCAGUAAUACCUAUCUUCCAGACCAACAGCAGCAACCACAAUUGCAGCCAUAUAUUAGUUUAGAGCAGAUUAACGCUGUUCGUAAUUUCGAUCUCAAUGGUGGUGCCACUGCCAAUUCCAACCCAUUGAUUACUGUUGAUAAUGGACUUACUGGUAACUCCCAAUUUCAAGGAUUCCCAUACGACGAUACUAUUUAUUCUACUAGUAUUAAUUCCCCAUUACCGAUUCACAACACCACCAUUGGCACUGGCACUACAAAUGGUGCUUCUGUAACAAGUAAUAAUCCUACCGAUGCUUCCGGUGCCAAUGCCAAUGACAAUGCCAACUUGAUACCAAAUUAUGGUGAUUAUAAUUCCUUGUUGUACAGGUAUAGUUCUCCAUCAUUAUCGCAAAGCAACUUGAAUGACGGGGUUUGGGGUACUACAAAUUUGAGUUCAAAUGAUUUACUUAAUCCAUCAACGCAACAAAGUGGAUUUUUGAUGACUCCUUCACAGUCAGCAAACAUAUGGUUGGAUGAUAAGACUCAAAACUCAUUACUUAAUCCAAAUUCUCAUGUUCGAAAUGUUUCCAACAAUUCCCAAAUUUGGAGAAAUGAUAUUGCUGCCAAUUCAACUGCCAACAACAAUUCCUCACACGGCUUCAACUUUGGUGGUGCUGGGGCUGUUCCUAAUAGUUCCGAUUUCGAACCAUUCGGUAUUAGCAUCAGUAACAAUGGUAAUUAUGGAUUUAAUCAAACCAAUUUGCCGCCAACUAAAUAUGUAAAUGAAGAAGAGAAAAAUUCAGCAAUUGAUGGAAAUGUAACUGAAAAUGGGGAAGCACAAUGGUAA